GCUCGACGCCAUCGAUUGCAUCCUCGGACCUCGACAAGUCAGUCUGGAACUCCAGGACCCUCUUGACACCGUGUCUCUGUCCCGUUGCCUUGUCCUCGAGAAGGCCAACUGCCUGAAUUCUCUUUGAUCGUCGCGCAGAGCAUGAGUGCGCUGUUUCCUUAAUCUAUAUCAUUUCUGUCUAUAAUUUAAUGCCCUUUCUUGUUCAUCAUGCUUAGCCGUGCAGUAUUACCUCUAACGAGGCCGAAUGUCCUCGCCUCCACACUCCGUGUUUCGGCGCUUCCUGUCACCCAUUCGCGAUUCUAUGCGAAGGUUGGCAAGCCCAAGGCUCCUUAUACCAUUCCCGAUUCCGUGAAGCCUUCCAAACCCGAACAGCCGGCAAACUCUUCGCAACAAGAACCGUCGCCGGAGCAGGCCCAGCCUGAAGCUAACACCGAAUCUCAGCGGUCGCAAGCUCCCGAAUCGGAGCCCACGCCUGCUGAAAAGGAAGCCGCCCAGAAACCACUUCCCGACCUCACGCAGGGAAUUCCCUCCACCCUUGCUGCCGAACUUGAAGCUCGCUCCAAGGGCCGUGGCCAAGCUUCCUUAAACCUCACCGAGGACCCCUCGCGCUCCGAAGAAUACACAGACGAUGGUCGCGACGGCGACAUUCCCAAGAGCGGCUACGAGUCUUCUCUCGAUCGCCGAAGGGCCCGCAUGGCCAACCUGAUGUAUGUCCUUUUCCUGAUGGCGGGUGCCGGAGGAGGUGCCUAUCUGGGACGGAACUGGGAUACCGAAGAAGAGGAGAAGGCCCACCCAGAGACCCCUUCGGGCUGGGGUUUCGGUCUCUGGUACAACCGCAUCAAGGCCCGCUAUAGCGACAUCACAAGCUACUACAAGGACCCCGCGUUCCCCAAGCUUCUCCCCGACGAGGACCCCAUGAUGCGCCAGCCCUACACCUUGGUUCUGAGUCUGGAGGACUUGCUUGUGCACAGUGAAUGGAGUCGUGAGCAUGGAUGGCGAGUUGCCAAGCGACCUGGUGUCGACUACUUCCUUCGCUACCUCAACCAGUACUAUGAGCUUGUCCUCUUCACCAGCGUGCCUAGCAUGAUGGCAGACCAGGUUCUGCGCAAGCUCGACCCUUACCGUAUCAUCCGUUGGCCUUUGUUCCGUGAAGCUACCCGCUACAAGGAUGGCGAGUACAUCAAGGAUCUUUCCUACCUGAACCGUGACCUGUCCAAGGUGAUCCUGAUCGACACCAAGGAGGAGCACGCUCGUUUGCAGCCCGAAAACGCCAUCGUUCUUGACAAGUGGCAUGGUGACCCCAAGGAUAAGACCCUGGUCGCCCUGAUCCCCUUCCUUGAGUACCUUGCCGGUAUGGGCGUCGAAGACGUCCGUCCCGUCAUGAAGUCCUUCGAGGGCACCUCCAUCCCCAUCGAGUUCGCCAAACGUGAGAAGGCCAUGCGUGAGCGAUUCGAGAAGGAACUUGCCGAGGAGCAGAAGAAGAAGCCCAAGCUCGGAAUGGGUAACCUGGCUUCUGCCCUCGGACUGAAGUCCAACCGUACCCUUGACGGCGAGCAGUCUCCCUCCGAGGGCCUGGCCCAGGGUAAGAUGCUGUGGGACCAGAUCCGUGAGCGCGGCCAGAAGAACUACCAAAUGAUUGAGAGUGAGAUCCGUGAAAACGGCGAGAAGUGGCUGGCCGAGAUGGCUGCUGAGGAAGAGAAGGCCCGACAGGAGCAGAUGGACGCAAUGAAGGGCUCCUUCACCGGCAUGUUCGGUGCCGGUAAGAAGGAGUAAAUUCGUUGUUGAUAGGAUUUACGGCGCUUUAUAGAACCCCCCCUCCUCUCUCCUCUGUUCCUCCUAUUCAUCAUCAUGCGUCUUUUUUUCUUUUCUCCAGUGGUGGGGUUACGAUUAGAAGGGUUCUUUGGCUCCUGAGCAUCAUGGGUGACUGUAAAAUAGCAUUUAUUGGUUCUUCGUCGGUUUUGUAUAAAUUGAAAUAUAGUUUAAUGUCUGCAAAUGGACCAGUUGAGUUUCUACUGUAAACGGUGGACCUGUGAAUCAGUGUAUAUGGCCAGUUUUGCUUUAUACUCUCUUCAAGUUCAGCGCCCUAAUACGACGUUCUGCAAGCCCCGCCUUCUGUUUAUCCGGUAUAAAGCUCGCCGUGCCCUUUCGACCUCUUUUCGCUUUCUUACUCUAGGUAGGUAGUAUUUGGGUAGCUCUCCUGCUCGGCGACCUGCUCUUGUAAACAAAGUGGCUUUGAAGAAAACAACGGUAAUAUCGAUAGCAACGUAUAUCACGGGGAUGAGAACACUGAACCGAGUCUUUGUGGUCAACAUGGUAUUAUCUCUAGAACUCCAGAUCACUAAACACAACCCUCAUCAUGGCGCCCUCCAGCGGCAAGGGAUCGAGAAUCUUUUCAACAUAUGCCGGCCAGUCAUCAAUCCACUGCAAUAGUGGGAAGAUGUGUGCGUAUUCCCAGUACGAAGGAUACCACCCAGCCGUUUCCCAGUCCACAAGAGCAGCUACCUCAUACUCUUCUUCAUUGUGACAGGAUUGACGACCUUUCUGACCAGAACAUUCUCUCUGUAGAGAUCUCCGUGAGUAAACAUUGGCGGGUGAUUGCGAAGUGCUGACGGGAGGUGGCGAGCAAGAUAGUCGGAGAGAAAGCUGUGACUGUUCGAUUCGCUCCACAUGGUUUUUGAGCGAAGUGCGAUGGCUUUCCCGAAAUCUUCUGCCGUCUGGAACGGGCCGGUGACAGCAGGGUCUUUGUCGCGAGAAAAGAAAUGUCUAUGGGGAACGGGUCCUUCGUUGACACUGCCAUAGAAUUCGGGCGAUGGCAGCGCUCUCAUUUGGUCGAAGAUGCAUCGCAAUUGCCCAACGAUCGAAUGUUUAUUUGCCUCGGUGAGCGAAGGCCACGCCAAUCCUAGAGGAAUGCCGGGGAUGUAUUCCAUCACGAUAUACAGUGUGCCCUCAUCGCGGUACAUGGCGUAGAGUCGUGGCGCUGCGAUGUUGAGCCGCCUUUCAACAAAGAGUAGAGCAUGUCCCUCAUUUUCAGUCACAAGUGGGCCAUAUUUCACAACAUAUCUUUCUCUGAUUACCACCAGGCGUCCACCAUAAUCCGAUCUCUUAGGGAGGGUUCGUGUUGCCUGUUCAAUCUCAUUCUGAUCAGGAAGAGGCCCCGGUAAUUGACUAGCUUCUCGAUAAUAAGGAAGAGAGAAUGGCAUAGUUGGAGGGGCGACGUCGUGUUGAAUGGAACAGUUGGAUGGCAACGUAAUUUGAGGAUGCAGCCCACGGUCCAUACGGUGUACCAAGUCUGGCCCUUCACCGCUCUGCAGUAAAGGGAUGGAAACAUUGGUGAGAGGUGUAAAGAUCUAAUAAAACCAAUAGUAAUCACUAGCAGG